CAAUCACUGUUCAUAUCGAACACACCCGAUUUUAUUUUUCCCAUAAUUCUUUGCAACGUGCUUGGCCGACGCUAACAAUAGGCGCUAAGAUAUACCCGGCCGAGCUGUCCAGCAAUAAAGACGUGCUUAGUGUGUGAAGGGGGUAUCGUGUUAGAAGCCUGUGUGGCAUGUUUUAGUUUCACAAGUUCAGCAUUUGACGCGGACACGGAUAGCUGACCGUGGUAAGUAUUUAUUUAGUUUGGUGUAGUUUAUUUGUAAAUUUUUGCCUUUUUAUUAGUAUUACGCAGUCGUCCUAUAAAGUCACCUUGACCAUUGUUCACUGUAGAGUUACCUGUGUGUUCACUGAUGUGUGACUUUAGCGAGAGUGUUUAAAUGGAAUUCGUCUUUUUCUAUAGUACAGUUUUUGCUAUGGCUGUAUAAAGAAACGGUGAUUUAAAGGGCUAUUUUCUAUGCGUUAUUUUAUUUUACAAUUUAUUGUCACUUUUUCCACUUAACUACUUGGGCGGAAGUGCGUCACCGGAAGUCUCAGACGCCAUAUUGUUUACUGUAAACAAAUAACUUAGUUACCAUAUACUUACAAUAUUUUGAGAUGUUGCCUUUAAUAUAAUACUAUUUAUACAUUAUCAUAGUUUGAUACUAUCAGUGAGAUACUUAUAUGAUGUAUUAUACAAUAUUGUUUUUAUUAUGGUGUUAUGGUGUCACUUGUACACUUAUUGUAGUGUCAUAUUGUUGAUGUUGAGAAGAUGAUGAUGUUAUGGUGAUGUCGAUGACUACGAUGAUGAUGAUGGUCAUGUCGAUGAUGAUGAUGGUGUAGAUGAUGUCGUUCAUGGUGAAGUCGAUGACGAUGCGAUGUUCAUGUUGAUGACGACGAUGAUGUUAUGGUGAUGAUGACGACGACGAUGAUGAUGGUCAUGUCGAUGAAGAUGAUGUAGAUGAUGUCGUUCAUGGUGACGUCGGUGAUGAUUAUGAAGUAGAUGAUUAUGGUGAUGACGAUGAUGUCUUUUAUGAUUAUGGUGUUGUAGGCGAUGAUGUUGACGAUAGUGUCGAUGAUUAUGAUGGCGAUGGUGAUGAUGAUGAUUGUGGUGACGAAACUACUCUAGUUGUGGUUGUCCGUAGUUGGUCCAGGACUACAGCCCCGGAGAUUCGGACACUCUUCUAAUUUAUUUUUGUACAUGUAAGAGCAAGUGUAGGUCGUUGUUUCCUUUUCCCUUGGUGAGUACAUUAUGUUAGGCAGAUUGUUUUGUUAAAAGUUGAGAAGUUAGUCCCUUUAUGAGAUAAUUUUGAGGUAAGUUGGUCUGUCAGUCAAUGCACCAUGUCUACUGUCAAGGAGAUGCUGGAGCUACUUGAAGUGGGGACCAAGAUGGGGAUGAAGGAUGAAGACCUUCAACAAUUCGUGAAGGACGAACAGGCCAGAAUGCGGGACGAACGUGAGAAACAUAGAGUCGAGAGACAGGAGGAGAGAGACCGCGACUUCAAACUACAGAUGGAGGAGAAAGACCGCGACUUCAAACUACAGAUGGAGAAAGAGCGCGCCGCAAGAGAACAUGAUGAACGAGAGCACGCCCGAUUGAUAGAAGAAAAGAGACAUCAGCAAAAACUAGAAGAACUGGAACUUGAUCACAAACUGCAACUCGAGAGAUCUCACAUGAAGCCGAGUGUUGUGACUAAAGAGGAGAAAGAAACUUCUCAAGUGAUAAAAGGACCAAAACUUCCUCCGUUUUAG